UCUCUUAAAAGUUGGCAACAGUGGUUGGUACAGCCGGCUUUUGAUAAAUUUUGUAAUUAUUACAUUAACUUUAAAUAAAUAAGCACUCAGAAUGGCUGAUGAUGAGCAAGACGAUCAAAAGGAGUAUCGCUGGGAGACGGGAUACGAGAAGACAUGGGAAGCCAUCAAGGAGGAUGACGAUGGACUGCUGGACAGUGCCAUUGCGGACAUUAUCCAGAAGGCGAAGCGCAAGCGUCAGGCUGAAAAGACGAAACAAAAUCGCUUGGGCAUGAUGAGGCAUAUGUUCAUUGUCUUGGAUUGUUCUGAGUCAAUGAGCGUGCCAGAUUUAAAGCCCACACGUCUGUUGUGCACAUUGAAGCUGCUGGAGAUCUUUAUUGAAGAGUUCUUCGAUCAGAAUCCCAUCAGUCAGCUGGGCAUUAUAGCGCUAAAGGCCAAGCGUGCUGAGAAGAUAACCGAAUUAACCGGCACAUCGCGUGUGCAUCUCAAGGCUCUAGAAGGUUUGGCUCGUGUGUCGCUGACCAGCGAACCGUCGCUGCAAAAUGGCUUGGAUCUGGCCUUGAAGACCCUCAAGGUGGUGCCUUCGCACGCAUCGCGGGAAAUAGUCAUCAUUAUGGGCUCCUUAACCACCUGCGAUCCCGUGGACAUUAAUCUGACGAUUGAUGAGUUGAAGAAGGAACGCAUACGCUGUUCGGUUAUUUCGUUAUCAGCUGAAAUUCACAUUUGUCGCUAUUUGACACAACAAACGAUGGGCACUUUUGGAGCUGUGCUGGAUGAUUCGCAUUAUCGUGAUCAGCUGUUGUCCCAGGUGGAUCCACCGCCAGCUGCCAAGACACAGGACAAUUCCUUAAUACGCAUGGGCUUCCCGCAUAGUAAGAGCGAGGUGGAGGGCAAAGAUGCGCCACUGUCCAUGUGCAUGUGCCAUAUAGAGAACCUGGAGGAACCCAGCGAAUUGUCCACCACGGGUCAUCAUUGUCCGCAGUGCAACAGCAAGUACUGUGAGCUGCCGGUGGAGUGUCAAUGCUGCGGCCUUACGCUGGUCUCCGCUCCACAUUUAGCACGCUCCUAUCAUCAUCUCUUUCCGGUGCCCAAUUUCGAAGAGCUGCCAUUUGAAUCGGUGCCGCCAGGAGCACCCGAGUGCGGUGGAUUGCGCAAGUGCUACAGCUGCAUCAAGGUGCUCAACGCGCAGGCGGACAAAAGCGUCUUCAAGUGCGGUUACUGCAAUCAGUUCUUCUGCCUCGACUGUGAUAUAUUCAUCCAUGAGACGCUGCACGCCUGCGUUGGCUGCAAUACCAUUCCAGGAGUUGCUGGUCUGGUCUAUCAAAAGCAGGGCGGCAAAUCGGCAAACGACUCUCAGCAAACAAUGCUGCCAUCGACCUCGAAACAGCGCACUCAGUAUACCCUGUAAACCAAGCUAAGACGACUGCUUUGAUUCUUGGUUAUGUUAGAACCAUAUUAAUAUAUAGACGUAAGCUAAAGUUGCAUUUCGGAUGCAUACAAAUUGUUGUCAAUAAGAUUUUUUUAUGUCCAAAUUAAAUGUAAGUAAUUUAUACCCUGUAUUUGAAAAAGUUGAGCAUGCCAGGCAGAUAAAUCUAUUUUUUGAUUAACAAAAUUCACUUCAUCUGAUUGUAUAGUAAGCCAUUUAGUUAUUCUCGAAAAAUUACAGGGUAUAGCAAGUUUAGGCCAGACUAAAUACCAUUGAUUAUCAUUGAAAUAACUUGAGUUUUGUGCGGUACAUUCAACUCUGGUUCAAUGACAACGUUCAGCAAUUGAAAUGUUCAAGUUAUAUGACAAUCUACAAUAUAUUCUUAAAGGUUUUCCAUCGAA